CGGUCUGGGCUUUGGCCUUGGCGCUUCUCCGGGCUGAGUUCGGGGGCUCUGAACGGCGGCCGCGGCGGGCGGCGGCGGUCGUUUGGUUGAAGGGUGAUAAACAGUUGGUUUCUCCAACCUUAAGGGUCCACAGAAAAUGGGUUUCAUGUCGGCCAAGCUCUUUCCUUCGUGUGAGAGUAUGUGCGUCUGCUGCCCAGCUCUGCGGCCAAGCUCAAGGCGCCCUGUUAAGCGUUACAAGAAACUGCUGGCUGAGAUAUUCCCCAAGACGCCUGAUGGACCUCCAAAUGAGAGGAAAAUCAUGAAGUUAUGUGAAUAUGCAGCGAAGAAUCCCCUGCGCAUUCCUAAGAUUGCCAAGUUUCUGGAGCAGAGGAGUCACAAGGAACUGCGUGCUGCUCACGUAAACUUUGUCAAAAUUAUCACUGAGGCGUACAGCAAGCUACUCUUCAUUUGCAAGGAGCAGAUGGCAUAUUUUGCCAUUAGCCUGGUGAAUGUCCUUACUGAGCUUCUGGAAAGCAAGCAAGAGAACAUUCAUAUUCUUGGAUGCCAAACUUUGGCAAAGUUUAUUUAUAGCCAGGUGGACAACACAUAUGCACGGAAUAUUGAAAGCUUGGUUCGCAAAGUAUGCGCACUCUCACGGCAACAGGGAGUGGAGCACAGUCUUCUGCGGGCAGCAAGCCUUCAGUGUUUAUCAGCAAUGAUCUGGUUCAUGAAGGAGCAUUCAUACAUAUUUGCAGAUUUUGAUGAGAUUGUGCAGUCAGUCUUGGAGAAUUAUAGAGCUGAGGAAUCUCCUGCUGGCGAUGAAGAGAGCCAUGCACCGCAACAUAAUUGGGUUGAUGAAAUAGUAAGACGUGAGGGAAGAGCUGGCUUAGGUGGUGGUAAUGAUGUAAAUUGCAGCAGUACAACUAUUAGACUGCGAUCAGCUAGGGAUUCUUCAGCCCUGACCAGGGAAGAGCGUGAAUCUCCAGAAGUAUGGGCACACAUUUGUGUUCAGAAGCUUGCAGAGCUGGCCAAAGAGAGUACAACAAUGCGACGCAUCCUAGAUCCAAUGCUUUCUUACUUUGAUAAAAAGAAGCAAUGGGCUCCUCGACAGGGAUUAGCUUUGCUUGUUUUGUCUGAUAUGUCUUAUCUAGAAAAGAGUUCAGGCAACGAACAAUUGAUUUUGACUUCCGUCAUCCGGCACCUAGACCACAAGAAUGUUUUAUAUGAUCCUCAGAUUAAAUCUGAUAUGAUCCAGUCAGCUACUUUAUUAGCGCGGCAGCUACGAUCACGAGGAAUUGCUCCUGAGCUUGUAGUAGCAGGUGACUUAUGCAGACACCUGAGGAAAACACUAGAGGCCAUGGAGUCAGCCAGCAUUGAAGAACUGAACUUUAAUGAAUCUCUUCAGAAUUUCUUGCAGGACUGUCUUCUAGAAGUUGUUAGAGGAAUUAAUGAUGUGCGUCCACUCUAUGACAUGAUGGCAAUUACACUGGAGAAUUUGCCUUCUAUGCCUGUGGUUGCCAGAGCAUCUAUUGGAAGUUUGCUGAUCCUUUCACACAUAAUCUCCUUGACAUCCAUGUCUUCGAACGCACCUAUGCUGUUUCCAGAAGCACUCCUCCAGCAGAUACUGAAGUCCAUGGUGCAUCCAGAUGUUGACACUCGUGUGGGGGCACACCACAUGUUUUCUGCUGUUAUUGUUCGAGGACCAAGCCGUCCAAGGAAUGAAUCAGACUUCCUAUACGAAACAAAAAAAUGGCAGUCUCGGACUACAUCAGUAUUUGCUUCAGCUACUGCUCUACUUGAGAAGCUAAGGAGAGAAAAAGAGACAGGAAACAUGGUGCAUGAUGAUGAUAAGGAAAAAAACAUACGUGAAGAGGAAAGCAAACAUAUUUGGGCACGUAAAAAUUCGGCUUAUUUUUCAAAGUUGGUUUUCUCUUUCACAGAUCGAUAUGCAACGCUAACUAGUUCUGCAGAGGAGGCUAAUAUUGUCAUGCUAACUGAAGAUCAAACAAAUCAAUUGCUCUCAGCGUUUUGGGUACAGGCAAAUCAGACAGACAACACUCCUUUUAAUUAUGAGGCGAUUGGUCAUUCAUACAGCCUCACAGUUCUUUCUUCUCGCCUUAAGGAUUCAAGGAACAGUAAUAACAUCCAGUUUUUUCAGUUGCCGCUGUCCCUUCGUAGUGUUUCCUUAACCCCAAGUGGAGUCCUUUCCCCUUCUUGCCAGCGGUCUAUUUUUAGCUUGGCGACAAGCAUGCUAGCUUUUGCUGGGAAAGUCUGUCACAUUGCCGAAUUGGUUGAGUUGCUGAGGUGCUUUACAUCAUGCAAUAUGGACCCUUUCUUAAAAAUUGGUGAAGACUUGCAACUCUAUGUAAGGCUGCAAUCUGAUCUAGGGAACUAUGGUUCUGAUAGCGAUCAAGAAAUCGCUAGAUCUGUACUUUCUGACUGCAGGGCAAAAGUGGGGAUUAGCGAUCAGCGAGUGCUUGAUGUAAUUGCUCGUGAACUGUGUAAUUUAACUGAGAUGGACAUGGAUGUACUGGUCAAGGAACUCACAGAAAUGUUUACACCUGAAGAAGUGCCCUUGUUUGGGUCAAAUUCAGCACUUGACUGGGCCAAUUUCCAUGUUCAGGCAUUUUCUGAUGAAUCCCUUUCUUUUGAUGAGGAAUGUUCACGAACAUCUUCAGUAGAUGGUGGGUUGCAUGAGUCGCCAAUUACAAAUACCGGUAGCUCGAUAUCAAAGGUUACUCUACAACAGUCUGUUCCUCAUGUCUUAGGUGUUGGCCAGUUGCUUGAAUCGGCCCUACAUGUAGCUGGCCAAGUCGCGGGUGCAUCUGUUUCAACCUCCCCCCUACCAUACGGCACAAUGACUAGUCAAUGCGAAGCCUUGGGAUCAGGCACCAGGAAGAAGCUCUCAAGCUGGCUUGUCAAUGGCCAUGACUCUACUCCAGACAAUCCUGCGCCUAGCCUUCCAUCAGCGCAGCAUUUCAUCAUUCCUAAGGUAAAUUCAUGCGGUUUCGAGAGCAGUAUCCGCACGACAUCGGAGCCGUGCUCCACAGUGAAGCUCCCACCCGCAAGCCCCUUCGACAACUUCCUGAAGGCUGCGUAUCGCGCCCAGUAGGGACCCAUGAUAAGCCUUCGAGGUUACGGCUAACCAUGUUUAGGAGUGUGCUAGGAUGUAGUACCCGAGCAUCAAAACUUAGAUUAUCUUUUGGAAGACUUGGCCGAUCUGGCUUAUCCAGUUAUAUAUGUAGCUCUGUUUAGCUGUAGUAACUUGUGUAUCAAUGUAUGGCUGUCUCAUCACUAGUAAAUGUCUCUAGACUGUAGGGUAAGAAUGACUGUACCGCGCCGUACCAAAAUAUGAGAGUGUUGUUUCAGGCUUCAAGUGCAGGAUUGUUUUCAUACUCGAGUAAUCUGUGUGAAACAGUUAUUCGUCGACCCCUCUGGUACUAUUUUUUCACUGCAAGGGUUAUAUUGUUUGCAGUAUUUGCGUGAAAUUGCUAAGCUCAAAUGUAAGAUCUGAAAGAAGAACACGGAGCCUAGUGGUUGUAGCUAACCUGAGUAGCAUCUAAGCUCUUUAGUUCAAUUCAGUGUGAAUUUCAUAUUAGGGUUGUAUAUUUCAAUUGGAUAAGAGGUCGGGUGAAAA